GGUUUUAUAAAGUGUAUAAACAUAUGCUUGUGUGUGUUUAGAGAUAUAUCAGUUUCAACAGGCUGCUGCAGCGCACGGGAUACACAUAGUUUCCGGUGCUUUAUAAUAACUCCACAACAACCAACUUUUUCUCAUACUCAUAUUUCACAACAGCCUUUUUCUUCAUGUACAUGAAUCCAUUUUCAAACGAUAUUUCUCGUACAUCAAACUGGAAGAAGCCCCUAACCAUGGAUGGAAAGCUAAAUUUAAAUGCUCCACUCUUGUCGAUCAAACGUCCUGGAGGUUACAUUGCUGAGGAGAUGCCAUCAGUAGUUGCUUCCAGUGAUCUUCAAAGCAACAGGAUUCCGUUUUGCUGGGAACAAGCUCCGGGAAGACCCAAAAACUCAGAGAGCUGCAACACAAAUAUUCUUGAGCAUGAAUCUGAGACGCCUCGUCCAAAGCUUCCACCAGGCAGAACAUGGCAUCCUCCACCAAUACCUCUUCAUCAUCAUCAAGUCCGUGUCCAUGAUCACGAUGACGGCUGUGAUGCUGACAUUGAAGACGACGAAGACGAUGACCAAGCUUUUUUCUCUGAUGCCAUGGAGGUGUUGUCCCUGACAGAGGCCAUAGACAUUGCUGAAAAGGCAGAUAAAGCGCGUGUGUGGAAUUCAAAAAGUACUGAUGACUUAGAUGGGUUAACUUUAGAGAGUGUUGAGCAUAGUGGCAGCCUGUCUCCAAGUUAUAUUAUUGAACGUUUUCUUCCAGAUGCUGCUGCAUUAGCCACAUAUUCAGCUCUAUCUGUUUCGAACAACUGGAAUCCGAAGCUUCCAUACAUGUGCAGUUAUGAUCCAGAGAGUGGUGCAGAUGGGCAUUCGUAUUCUUCUUCUUCCUUGAAGGGUUGUGGUCUGCAAAUGUUUUUGCCAUGGCGGAUGAAGCACAAGAUAUGUGGUGUCAAAAGCCCUGUUAGGAAGAAAAACUCUGCCAUUCUGCAACGUUCCAAACAAAGAAACAAACAUUAA